CUCCGGCGUGACAUUUUCUAGACGAAAUAAGUUUCACUUAACUAUACUUAGAUAAUUCUGGUAAAAACAGGUGUACGAUACGCAAACUAUUCGCUCGCCAUACACGAAUGUUCGUUAUUGUGAUUCACGUUUCCUCAACGAGACGAAUCAAUCGAGUGAAGACGGCAAAACGUUCAAUGCGACACUGUAGUCGUUAAGCAAUCAUUAAUGCACAAACUCGCUUUUUGAUCCUUCGAUGUCGGCUCUUCCUAUCAUUGUGAAGCAGAAUUCACCAAGCGUGGGAUUGUUCACCCACUGAUGGGGAACGUGAGCUGGGAUAAGACCGUCGUGAGACAGAUCAGCCGAACUGAGAGGAACUAAUACUACCUGACAUGCAGCUACAGAAAGGAAACAAGACCACUGGACACAGGCUUGACAGCUCUCAGAGACAUCAGACUGUGGAUUAUAUCUGCCAUUGAUCCUGUGUUUAAAAAAACACGUUUAAUGACUGCUGGAUCAGGUAGGGCACUUCUGGGCAAUGAAAAUCUGAAAUACUCUAAUGAGUUCAGGAUACACUUUCUGUUUAAAGCAACACAAAAUUUAGCCACCUUCUGUCUUUAGUGCAAAUGGAUUUUCUGUUUCGCAAAGGACAGACAAAGGCGUGUGUUUAAAAUACAGGAGGAACCUACAGUAUAACAACUUGUUUUUGCGAUAAACCUAUGCUGUAAACUGUAAACAUACAAUCUGCAGCUCUGCUUAUGUGAUGUAAAGUAUUUCUUUUCUCAAACCAUGUUCCAUCUGAAGCCGACAGACAUGUUGCAAAUAUCUUUCUUUUUUGCAUCAUAUAAUGUCAGUAAGUUAUACAGAAUCUUUAUUACCUGGAGAUAGGUGGGACGACUCAAGAGUCCUUAUAUAUCCCAGCAAUAUGCAUUUUAUCUCUGUCUCUAUUUGCUGUGGAAGGAUGACUUAGGAAUGCAUCCAUGGGUUUUUCAAGGCAGUGAGGACCCAUGGCUUACUUUUGUAUGUGAUCUGUGACAAAGGAGCGGUGAUGAUCACACAUCCACCAGCCAGGAAUGUGUCCUUUUGUGGUUCUCCUGCAUCCUUCUUCAGGUAGCAAGCUCUGCACUCUGUCAAGCCUUACACGAGAAAUAUUCAAAUAGAAAAAAAGUCAUUAAAAAAUGAACUUUUCGGAGGUGAGCAGUAACAGCUCCAACCUGACGUCCGUUUCCUUCGUCCCGCUGAACCUUGACCGCAGACCGCAGAAGCCGGAGUUCCUGCUGGGCAAAGCCAACGGCUCCCACCCCUGCAACACCAGCAUGGACGCCAGAAACCUGUCGGACCUGUCGUGCGCCGAGGGCCCGGCGCCGCAGUGCUUCUCCAUGGUCUCCCUCCUCGACAAGAACUGGCCGGCUCUGCUCACCAUCGCCGUCAUCGUCCUGACCAUUGCAGGGAACAUCCUGGUCAUCAUGGCUGUGUCUUUGGAGAAGAAGCUACAGAAUGCUACCAAUUACUUCCUGAUGUCUCUGGCCAUCGCCGACAUGCUGCUGGGUUUCCUGGUGAUGCCUGUCUCCAUGCUCACCAUCCUGUAUGGAUAUAUCUGGCCGUUGCCUUCUGAGCUCUGUCCGAUCUGGAUUUACCUGGAUGUGCUCUUCUCCACUGCGUCCAUCAUGCACCUGUGCGCGAUCUCUCUGGAUCGUUACAUCGCAAUAAGAAACCCCAUUCACCACAGCCGCUUCAACUCCAGAACGAAAGCCUUCAUGAAAAUUAUCGCCGUGUGGACUAUCUCAGUCGGGAUAUCCAUGCCAGUCCCAGUGUUUGGCCUUCGGGAUAAUUCAAAGGUCCUGAAGGAUGGCAUCUGCUUCCUCGCAGAUGACAACUUUGUCCUCAUCGGCUCGUUUGUAGCCUUCUUCAUUCCCCUGACCAUCAUGGUGGUCACCUACUUCUUAACGAUCCACGCCCUGCAGAACGAGGCCACCAUGUGCCUGGAUGAGCUGGUGCCCAAACCCAGGUGGACAUCCUUCAGCUUCCUCCAGCAGAGCUCUCUGUCCUCAGAGAAACUCUUCCGCCGCUCGCUGAGCAGGGAGGCGGGGCCGUACGGGCGGAGGACGAUGCAGAGCAUCAGCAACGAGCAGAAGGCCUCCAAGGUCCUGGGAAUCGUGUUCUUCCUGUUCGUGGUCAUGUGGUGCCCCUUCUUCAUCACCAACGUGCUGGCGGUCAUCUGCAAAGACACCUGCGACUCGAACGUCAUCGGAGGGCUCCUCAACGUAUUUGUGUGGAUAGGCUACUUGUCCUCUGCGGUCAACCCACUGGUUUAUACUUUAUUUAACAAGACGUAUCGCUCUGCAUUCUCACGCUACAUCCAGUGCCAGUACAAGGAAGAGAAGAAGCCCUUGCAGCUCAUACUGGUGAAUACCCUUCCCCCAUUGGCUUAUAACUCCACACAACUGCAGCUGGGGGAGUUGAGCUCCCUGAAGAACAGCAGUCGAAUGGGGGGCAAGGAUUACUCCUUGGUUGCUAUAGGAAUUAACAAUUUUAAUACUUCAAAGCCCCUUUCAGGGCAGGCCAGUGAGAAGGUGAGCUGUGUGUAACUCUCAGUGGCUGCGGUUUUCUUCAUCCCAGAAGGACAGAAACCAUGGAAAAUGGAACUUGCCAUAAAUUACACAUUUGCCACUGAGAUGGAUUUCAAUAAGGGUGCUCAAAAAUAGAAUGUAACAGCACAGGCAGCAGAGUGUGCUUUGAGACUUCUUCUAUACUAUUAAAGAGUGAUACUUGGAUGAAAAUAUAGAGAAGAAAAAAAUAAAGGGAAACAACCAGGGUUUGGUAUGUUCGAAAAUAUCAGAAAAACACGCUUGUUUUGAUUUACAAAGCUGAUAUUGUCAUGCCGAAAAGAGAUUUUGCACAUUUAUCUGUUUAUGAUGUUAUUAUUUCUUUUCUUUUUUUUUCGUCAAUUAUCUUAUGGAACACGUGUUUUAGCUCCAGUGCUCACUUCUGAAAAGAAACAAGCAUUCCAAUAGUAAACUUAACAAGAAAACAGAGGGAAACCUGUUUUUGCAUAUUAGAAAAUGCAAUAAUUGGAGACCUGGAGAUGAUUUGCACUGGUGUGUCUUUGUUGAAAUGCAUUGAGCUUUAAACUGUAGAAAUAUAAAGUUAAUUAUUGCAGAGCUACAGGCAGUACACCCACUCAGCACUGAGAAGAAGGUAUUUCUUUUCAACUUAAAGUGAACACCAGCAGGUCUCACAAGUUUACUUUUACUUGCUUAUUGGGUAGUUCCGAUGAGCUCAAUUUAAUGUGUCAUUCAAAUGUAAAAACAACAUUCGAGCUGAUAAAUACUUUUUAGAUGCCAUACUGACUCUAACAAGCUUCUAAACACAUUGAUGUUGGUCCUAGCUUUUCUGUUCACUCCCCCUCCUCUUCACAGAGGGCUCAUAAAUUGUGUUGCUUGUUUUCAAGGUUCAUUCACUGUAAUGUCAGUUUCGUUUCAUGCAGGAUCAUUCAUAAGUGCAAGAGUUUCCUGGGUUUUUUUUUACAAUGAACUUAAAGCAGAGAGAAUUUAUGGAUUGUUGUGAUUUACUAGCUUCUCUGGAGCCAGAUACUUUCAACUGAUGAUUUCAAAACAGGCUGUGUGCUACCCAGGACAAAAUCUGAAUCAGUAAUGGUGUCAAGCCCAGGUUCAUUUAAGAAAUUUUAUCCACCACAGCCAACAGCUCAUUUCAUGGUGCGUCUUUAUCUACCAGUUGUAUCUACCCAAUAAAUCAUUCCUGUCAAGAACCAGCUUUCAGAUUUGUGGAUCUUUGGUGGGAUGGCCAUUUAAUUUAAACUGGGCCAAAUGUGGUUUGAAAGAAUGAGAAAACCUGAGGUGAAACAACUGGUUUAAUUAUUAUAGAAUACAUCGUGAUUUAUCGUUUUUCAAGCUUUGUGGGCAAGCAUUUCUUUACUACAGAAAUUCUGUUUUCACAGAAUAUUAGCAUUAAUGUCACAAAAUCUUAUCCGUGCUGAACAUUUUUCAUUCUUUGAACACCCAACACUAUUAAAAACCUAAACGUGUGAAAAAUUACGCCAUUGGUCAGUGGUCAUGGAUAUUGAAACCAUACACUCGUGUGUGUAAACAUUGAACUGCUGUGUGUAUUAAUUACAGUAGGUAAAGAAAUUGAAUGUAAAAUGUCACAUGCCUUUUUGCAGUGAGUGGCUGUUAGACUCUCUUCUCUUGCCAUUUUAUAUUAUGUGUGGUACAUGAAAUUCAUCAAUAAAUUCAGACAAUCAAUUUCGCUCUUUUUGAGAACUGUUACAGUGUCACAUUUCACGGUUACAAAAACACCAAAACAAAAGAGUUUCCAGUAAACUGGAACUCUGAUGUACAGUACAUUGCUUUGGAAGGAUGUUUAUUGAGUAAAGGUUUGUUCCAUGCUGCAAAAAGAAGAAAGGAAACACCAUGUUUUCAGCUGUGGAGUCUUCUGAAGACACUGAUGUGUUCAAGGUCUGAAUCUCCCAUGUCUCCAUCAUGAAGGCAAAGCAAAACAACCUGCUUUGUCACAACCACUUAUUUUCAGGAAGUACGAAGCCAUAGAUAUGUGAGUCCUUGGGAAAUUUACCUUAAUUCAUUAGUGUUUGGAUUGCAGAUCUUUGAUUGCAUUAUAUCUCUUUCUAUUUUAAAACUGGCAAUAAGAAAUACAGCUUAUGUGCUGUACUCUGUUUCAUUGCCUUUUUCAAUCGAGCAGACUGGAAAACAUAAAAAAUGGAAACCUGCUUGUGCUAAAAUGGAUAAAAUAUUUUUAAUUAUUCCCUUUAUGACAAGAUGUGUAGCAUGACUAGUGUGUUGACGGUCCAUUAUUUACUAGUAAAUGGUAAUUCUUGGCAAACUUAGGCCUUGCCAUUACACCCGAUGAGAGGAGAAGUCUUUGUUCUGUUUGUUGUACCUGCCUGCUAAUUUGGGGAGGUUAAGAUAACUUUAUUGGCCGUAUACAAUUUCUUGCAUUAGGAAUUUGUCUUUUCACAUA